AUGAUGGAAAUCAUGUCAGAAUUUUAUGGUUCAGAGUUGCUUGUGCCAUACACAACCAAAACAAUCACCAACUACUGUGCAACUCUGACUAGAGAAGAAACAAAAGAUGGGGAUCUGGCUAAAGUUGUGAGCUACUUUGUAGAGCUUAAAGAAGAAAAGGAUCCAGACUUUUAUUUCCGGUUAAAAUUGGACGACGAAGACAGGGUAGAAAACAUUUUCUGGGUUGAUGGAGCUGCCCGGAAGGCAUAUGCAGAGGCUUACCAUGACUGUGUCUCCUUUGAUGCAACUUACUUGACAAAUAAGUACAGUAUGCCUUUUGCACCAUUCAUUGGGAUAAAUAAACAUGGGCAGUCCAUCAUGCUGGGUUGUGGAUUUGUUAAGCAAGAAUUGGCAACAAGCUAUGAUUGGUUGUUUGAGAGUUUCCUUAUUGCCAUGAAUGGUCUUGCCCCGGACAAUAUUAUCACAGACCAAGAUGGUGCUAUGGCGGUGUCGAUUGGCAGAUUGUUCCCAUCUUCUGUUCACCGUAAUUGUCGCUGGCACAUAAUGCAGAACGCACAGUUGAAAUGUGGCCCUACACUGGGUAGGAACCCUGGUUUAGCUGAAGAUUUCAAUGAUUGCAUCGAUUUCAGCUUUUCACCAGAGGAGUUUGAGGCAAAAUGGGCUCUGUUUGUAGGCAAGUGGCCAGUUGUUGGUGGUGCAAAUUCUUACUUUACGACUCUCUAUGCUAAUCGUGCUAAGUGGGUACCAUGCUACUUCAAGCACAGAUUCUUCCCAUUCUUGCAGUCCACGCAACGAAGUGAGGGCUUUAAUGCCAUUCUCAAACGCUAUACGAACCCAAAAAAGUCUAUACUACACUUUGUACAACAGUAUGAGAAGUUGCAGACUCAUGUACUUGUGAAAGAAGGGGGUAAUGAUUACAGGACGGAUUGUUUGGAACUUCGUCCAUGGUCACCAUUCCCUGUUGAGGAACAUGCUUUCAAAGUUUACUGCAGAGACAUAUAUUUGAGGUUCGGAACGAGUUUGAGCUGA